AUGCUCGGUCAUCUUUCCCGCUUCGCUGUGUCGCUUCUUGUGACAACAGCAGCCUCUUCUCCGGUCCCGCGCUCUGAUCCGGCCGGAAAUAAAUACUUCGUAACCUUCGGGAGCUCUACUACACAGACCGGGUUUUCUGUCAACGGCACCGCUCCCUCGAGCAAGAAUCCAAUUGGCAAUCCCUCUUUUCCUGGAUCAACGACGACUGGCGGCCUCAACUGGCUAGGUUUUGAUAUCGCCGAGUUUAAUCACACAACAAUCUUAGCCUACAAUCUGGCUGUGGGAGGUGCUACGACAGACAACACACUUAUUCCAACAUACACGGAAGGUAUUGCGACCUACGUGGACCAGGUCAACACCUUUUACGAUGCAUAUGUCCACCAGGAAACCCCAUGGUCCUGGGACGACGUUCUGAUUGGGAUCUGGAUUGCCAACAACGACGUUGGCCAGUCUUUUGACAGGAACGACACUUCCUCUCUGUACCCGAAGGUUUCUGCCCGUUACUUCGAACAGACCCAGCGGCUGUACGAUGCCGGUGCCCGAAAUUUUGUGUUUCUCACAUGUGCUCCCCAGCAACUUACCCCUUUGAUGAUCGAAAAAGACCCAGAAAGCAAUGCAAAGGUUGCAGCUGCUGUCAAGCUCUACAAUGAGAUAUUGGAAAAGAACUUUCAAAAGUUUAAAAUGGCCCAUCCGGAUGUUCAAGCCUGGCUGGUCAGACCUUCGAAGUCAUAUGAAACUGCGAUUGCGAACCCACAAGAAUACGGAGCGCCAGACGCGAUUUGUACAAACGAGGACGGUGUCAGCUGCCUGUGGUGGAACAACUACCAUCCUGGAAUUCAAAUUCAUCAUCUUUUGGGAGCAGACGUGGCGACAACUGUUGGCACACCCUGGUUCAACCCCCAGUAG